UUGUUAGGGAGCCAGGCCCCAGCCCCCGGGACAAUAGAGACACCCUCCCGGACUCCUCUCCCCGGCCGUCCGGGUCUGUCGGCGGGUGGGGAAGGAGAGUGGCCGGGACGCGUCCCACUCUGCCCACUCUCUAGGGGUCGGUCUGUCCCGGACCGGCGCCGGCCUCCGGCAGCUCGGCUCUCCUCCCCCCAGUCGGUAUGAUGCAGCAGCAGUGCCGCAGGGACGGGGGAAGAGCCGAGGCCCGGCCUCCUACUCUCCCCAGUGCCCCUGGCUCAUUUGUCAGUCCCCACCCCACUCUAGGCCGGCUGCUCCUUAAACUCGUACCCACCACUCAGAGGGGCCCCGGACUGUGGGCACUGUUUCUGAAUCCUUUGGUGCGAAUUCCUGGACUUUGGGGCUCUUGGAGAGACUUCCGGGCAGGUCCUGAGGGAGAGGGUGGUUGUCUAAAAGAAGAACAGCCGUGUUGCCGCCCGCUGUGCUAUGAGCAGUCAGAGCGCCGUCUCCACAAGAGUUUACAAAUGAAAAUGGAGGAAAUGUCUUUGUCUGGCCUGGAUAACAGCAAACUAGAGGCCAUCGCUCAGGAGAUAUACGCUGACCUGGUCGAGGAUUCUUGUUUGGGAUUCUGCUUUGAGGUACACCGGGCUGUCAAGUGUGGCUACUUCUUCCUGGACGACACGGAUCCUGAUAGCAUGAAGGAUUUUGAGAUCGUGGACCAGCCGGGGUUGGACAUCUUUGGACAGGUUUUCAACCAGUGGAAGAGCAAGGAGUGUGUUUGCCCCAAUUGCAGCCGCAGCAUUGCCGCUUCCCGCUUUGCUCCCCAUCUGGAGAAGUGCCUAGGAAUGGGUCGGAACAGCAGCCGAAUUGCCAACCGCCGGAUUGCCAAUAGCAACAGUAUGAACAAGUCUGAGAGUGACCAAGAGGAUAACGAUGACAUCAAUGACAAUGACUGGUCUUAUGGCUCAGAGAAGAAAGCCAAGAAGAGAAAAUCAGACAAGCUAUGGUAUCUCCCAUUCCAGAACCCCAAUUCCCCUCGAAGAUCCAAGUCUUUAAAACACAAAAAUGGGGAACUUAGCAAUUCGGAUCCUUUUAAGUAUAACAGUUCAACUGGGAUCAGCUAUGAGACCCUGGGACCUGAAGAGCUGCGUAGCCUGCUCACCACGCAAUGUGGGGUGAUUUCUGAACAUACCAAGAAGAUGUGCACAAGGUCCCUGCGCUGCCCGCAGCACACGGAUGAGCAGCGGCGAGCCGUGCGGAUUUACUUCCUCGGACCCUCUGCCGUCCUUCCAGAGGUCGAGAGUUCGCUGGAUAAUGACAGCUUUGACAUGACUGACAGCCAGGCCCUGAUCAGUCGGCUUCAGUGGGAUGGCUCCUCUGAUCUCUCACCCUCUGAUUCAGGCUCCUCCAAAACGAGUGAGAAUCAGGGAUGGGGUCUAGGUACCAACAGCUCCGAGUCAAGGAAAACCAAGAAAAAAAAGUCCCAUCUAAGCCUGGUAGGGACUGCCUCCGGCCUGGGCUCCAACAAGAAGAAAAAGCCAAAGCCACCGGCACCCCCGACGCCCAGCAUCUAUGAUGACAUCAACUGACUUGGGUGCAGAGGAUAGCCUUUGGCUAAGCAGAGCUCUCUCUCCCGACCCCCACCCAGGUGGCAUAGCCUGGCAAAUGGACGGCUGCUGGGGGUCUGGGCUUGGGAAGCUUGGUGGGCCAGGCAGGCAGAGGAUCCAAUUAUGCGCCCCUGGGGGGUGUCCGGUCCUCUGCGAUGGAGUACGACCCCUCGGCAUGCAGGACUCAGACCUGGACAUAUUAUGCCUUGGACAUAAGUUCGGCGGGGAGGCGGUUUUCAUAUUUAUUCUGUGAGUUACUGGAUGUCCAGCUAGGCCAGGGGCCUGACAUGGGCACUCUGCCAGGGCACUGCCUGCCCCCCAACCCAGGAACUGGACUAAGCCCUGCCGAGGAGCACUGAGGCUACCUGGGAGGCUGUGGGUUAGAAGCUGAGCCUGGAGGGGGCCUCCCCCAGCUGCCCUCAGCAAUGUGAAUGGGUCCGGUGCUUGGAGCUGAGGGGCAGGGCUGGGUGUUCCUGUGUGCAGAAUCCUAUCAAAUGCCCCAAAUCCCAGGGGUAGGCAGGCACAGGGAGCUGUCUGCUGAGGUAGGCGUCCAGAACUGCCGCCACCUUCCCUGCCCCUCACAGGGGCAGCCCUUUCCCCUCAGUUCCCAUGGGCCUCCUCAGCAGCAGGAGCUGUCCUUUUGUUGUUGGGUGCCAGGAAAGGGCCUCCAGCCUCUACAGCUUCAAAUAGGCAAGGGGAGGUAGGAAGAGGGAGCUCUGUAUUAAAAUGACUCCCCCUACCUUUUCUUCUUGACCCAGGGCUGGUGAGGAGUGGGGCCCCAAGGUGAGAGGGAACGGUGCUGCUUUAUUUGAAAUGUUUUCUUACCUCAUUCCCUGCCCCAGGAAGGGGCUCAGCCUCAGCCUCACCCUCCUGGGGUGGCCCCAUGUUCCUCCUGCCUACCCUGCCCCACUGGCCUUCCAGGGCAGCCCAUGUUCCCAACUGCUGCUUGCCACGCCCCUCUUUCACCUUGACCAGCUUCAGUUCCUCUCUCAGUGCUCCUGCCUCCAAAGCCUGCCCUGUUUCCCUUUCCUUAGCCGCUUUUAAGUUAUUUAUUCUGUACUUGUGGUUUGGGGCUCCGAGGAAAAUCCUGAUCUUUUACCUCUUCCCCUUUGCUAGGAGUGGGGUGGGAAGAGAGGGUAGUCUCUAUGCUCUGGGUUAUCAGUGGAAGGGAAGGGGGGUAUCAUGUCUAGGCAUUGCUCCUCUGUGGACCGUCAUGCCAGUGUGCCCACCUGCCUGGUCUACAUCCUGAAGAGAUGUACCGUCCCACCUCCAUGCAGGCGCCAUCACUCCCAGGAGCUGAGCUGGAGGAAUGCAGUCUGGGCUGGGAGCAGAGCUGACUGACACUGGUGGAGAUGACCCUAAGCCAAGUUCUCUGGCAUUUGCUGGAUGUGUCCCCUGUCCUCCUCCCAGGAGGAGUUAUCCCACAUUGGGUAGCUAGUACCCAGGACUUGGACUGAUUUGGAUUAGGGAUCCUAGAGGGUUAAGGGAGCAACAUAGGUGGGGUUGUAGUGACCCUGUCUGGAACCCCAAUCUCCUCCUGGGGUGGUUCUACUUGUGACUGAUGCCUGGUUGCAAAUUGGUUUUUAACCCAAGAAUUGUGAUUAUUUUUUAAAAAGCCAAAUUUUGUCAGGAGUUAGAAUAAAUCCUGGGGCCUGGGCUCCUCCGUUCUUUACCCUCCAGUCUUCUCCCUCUAAGGGGAAGCCAGAGGUAAAGGAGGAUCUCAGCCAGCUUCCAGCCUGCUUCCAAAUGACGUCUUGGAAGUAGGUUGAAGGUGAAGGGAGGAAGGCCAGGGGCCAUUCUCCCUUCUGAGAGGCAGCUGCAGUUCAGGCCCUAAUAUACCCUUUCCCCUCUGGCCUCUCCCAUUCUCCCUUCUGUUUGGAGGAGGGAGAAGUGGGAAGUAGUUUGGGAACUGGUUUGUCCACAUCCACUUCCCCAUUGUUCCUUGGCUUCCCUCAGGGCAGAGCCCCCUGCCCAGGCUGGGUAAGAGAUGGGCUUGGUCCAAAAGGGACCCUGAGGGAACAAAUCCCUUUCCUUCCCAGGAAAGUAUGCCCCCCCUACCAUGUAGCUGACCAGGGGCUAGGAGCUCCCCACUCCCCUCCCUCUAACAGCAGGCUGUGUGGGUUUCAAUUCCCAUCCUUCCCACCCUGGCUAGGUGUUGUCCACCCUGUAUCCUAUCAUGUGUCUGAGUGUGUGUGGGGGGGGUUCUGUACUAAUUUCCAUGGCCGGUGGCUUUUCCUUCCAUGCAUCACUCCCCCCCGCAUGCCCAGGGGCCACCCGCCUGGCAUUACCGCAUGCUGGGGUCAUUGGGGGAGGGGGGUGGGGGCUCACGCUGUCCUGUGGUCUUGAGAUUUUUAUUUUUGCAUAUGUAAUCCAUCCUGUACAGGUAGCUAACUUUGUAAACGCUGUGUAUUUCCCCUGCCCCCAUGGCUGCUGGUGUAAAUAAACUGCAUCUCCCGUUGGUA